CAGCGUGGUGGAGCAAUGGCUCGUGAAGGCGGCGGGUUGUUCGCCGGGUUCCGCGUGCUUGGGCUUUUCAGCAGCCACGUCCCUCAUGUCCUGCGUUACCACGGCCGCCACCGAGAGUUCUACCUGGCCACCGCCGUCGGGCGCAGCAUCCACACCUACAACGUGAAGAAACUUGGUAUUGUUGCUGUGAGUAAUGCUUUGCCACAGGACAUUACAUGUUUGGCAGCAGACCACAUGUUGAUAUUUGCUUCAUACGACAAUAUUCUUCAUGCUUUUGCCAGGAACAAAGAGGUGGUUCAUACCUAUGAAGGUCACAAGGCAAGGAUACACCUUCUGCAGCCUUUUGGUGAUCAUGUCAUCUCUGUGGAUGUUGAUAAUGUUCUUAUUGUUUGGAAUAUACAGUCAGAAGAGGAGUAUCUUCACAUGGAUUUUGAUAAUGCCACAUUUGCUGUUUCUGCACUUCUGCAUCCCAGCACCUAUUUGAAUAAAGUUCUCCUUGCGAGUGAGCAAGGGAGCUUGCAGCUGUGGAAUAUAAGCUCCAACAAACUCUUAUACUCGUUUCCAGGAUGGCGCUCAGCAGUCACAACUCUUGAACAAGCUCCAGCAGUAGAUGUUGUUGCUAUUGGUCUUGUGUCUGGUCAUAUCAUUGUACAUAAUAUUAAAUUUGAUGAAACUCUGAUGAAAUUUCAACAAGACUGGGGUCCCAUCACAGCAAUAUCUUUCCGUACAGAUGGACACCCAGUAAUGGCAGCUGGUAGUCCAAUUGGACACAUUGCUUUGUGGGAUCUAGAAGAAAAGAAACUGAUGUGUCAGAUGCAAGAUGCCCAUUCCACAGCAAUAGCUGGUAUGUCGUUUGUCCCUGGAGAGCCUCUUCUUAUUACUAAUGGUGCUGAUAAUGCUAUACGGGUGUGGAUUUUUGACGGACCUGGUGGUAUAGGACGUGUAUUGAGAAGCCGAAUGGGACAUAGUGCACCACCAACAAAAAUCAGAUACCAUGGGCAAAAUGGACAGCAGAUUCUUAGUGCAGGCCAAGAUGGAACAUUGCAGUCUUUUUCAACAGUGCAUGAAAAGUUCAAUAAAAGUUUAGGACGUGGUUCAAUUAACAAAAAGAAAUCAAAAAAGAAAGGUCUUAGGCUUGAUACAAUGGCACUUCCACCAAUUACAGUCUUUGCUUCAGAAGUGGCACAUCAGAGUGACUGGGAUAGUAUUGUUGCCUGCCAUCAAGGGUAUAUAACCUGUACAACUUGGAACUAUCAGAAAACUUGCAUAGGAACUCAUAAGCUGAAGCCAGAAGAAUUUAGCAAACACAAGCCUAUUGAUAUAUAUGCAACAGCAGUUGACAUUACCUCAUGUGGGAACUUUGCUGUAAUUGGGCUGUCAACUGGGCAAGUAGAUAUGUACAACAUGCAAUCUGGCAUUCAUAGAGGGUGUUUCGGCAAAGAAAGAGCACACAAGGGGGCCAUUAGAGGAGUAGUAGUGGAUGGAUUAAACCAGCUGAUAAUCACAGCUGGUAGUGAAGCACUAAUUAAAUUUUGGAAAUUCAAAACAAAAGAGCUGGUUUACACUACUGAGCUGUCUUCUUCUCCGAGUGGCAUUCUGCUUCACAGAGACAGUAAUAUUCUGGGAGUUGCCUUUGAUGACUUCAGUAUUAGUGCUUUGGAUAUUGAAACCAGGAAGAUUGUCAGAACAUUCUCAGGACACCAUGGACAAAUUAAUGACAUGACUUUCAGUCCUGAUGGUCGUUGGCUAAUAACUUCAUCAAUGGACUGUACCAUUAAGACUUGGGACCUUCCCUCUGGAUGCCUCAUAGAUUGUUUUUUGGUAGACUCUGCAGCUGUAAGCCUUACCAUGUCUCCUACAGGAGAUUUUCUAGCUUCAACACAUGUAGAUGAUCUUGGAAUUUAUUUGUGGUCAAACCGUUCUCUGUAUUCACUUGUCUCUUUGCGGCCUCUUCCAUCAGAUUAUGAACCUUCUAUGGUGACACGCCCUAGCACCUGCCCUGUGCAAGAUGUGGAUGUGGUAGAUGAAGAAACUUGUGCUGAAACAAUAGAGUAUGUCUCAGCUGAGCAAUUGGAAAAGCAGCUGGUGACCCUUUCCUUAUUACCAGAAUCAAGGUGGAAAAAUCUCCUCAGUCUUGAUGUUAUCAAGAAAAAAAAUAAACCAAGAGAACCACCAAAAGUUCCCAAGUCAGCCCCUUUCUUCAUCCCAACAGUUCCUGGGCUUAUACCUCGAUAUGUUGCGCCAGCGGAAGAAAAUGAAACACAGUCAAAGGUAGUAAACCUUGGAGUACUGGUGCAGAAAUCUGAUUUCUACAUUCAUCUUGAAGAUGCCCUGAGCACUAAUGAAUAUACAGCUCCACUUAACUUACUGAAAAGUUUGGGACCAUCUAAUACAGAGAUAGAACUAAGGGGCUUGGCCCCUGAAUCUGGUGGCUCAGUGGGGGUGAUGCUAAGCUUUUUGAGAAUGAUUGGGAUGAUGCUGAACAAGAAGUACAACUUUGAACUUGCACAAGCAUAUCUUGCACUAUUUCUAAAGUUGCAUCUUAAGAUUCUUUCAUCAGAGCCAAACCUAUUGGAAGAGAUUUCCAGACUGUCAGUGCAACUUGAGGAAAUUUGGAUUAAUUUACAGACUCUUUUCAAUCAGAGUCUGUGUGUGUUAACAUACACAAAAAGUGCUUUGCUGUAAAAUACUCAAGGGUUUUGCCUGAAUGAAAUUUCCCUUGGAAUAACAGCACAAUUUAUUGCCAAAAAUACUAGAUUACAGGAAUUAUACUGGGACUUGUGAUGCUGUAUUCUGUGCAUUUGUAUAUGGCAAAGUAUUUUAGAACAUACAUAACUGAGUACAGUUCAGUCAGAGCCAAAAUUAAUAUGUGGAACUUGUGCUGUCAGCAAACAAACAGUUUGACUGCUGUAGGUAAUGUAGUUACUUACUUUAUGAUUUCAUGAGAAUGAAGAAGUGGCUUUCAAAAUAAAACAAAAAAUAGGAAUGUCAUUUCUGUGCAGGAAGCCAAAAUCUGUAUUAUGCUUAAUAAACAAUUACUGUUGGUGCAAUUGCUUUCCUGAACAACUUGAUGUAAUCAAGAGAAAAAACACAUACUUUUUGCUAGCCAGACCAUUCUUCUGAAAGCAGAACCAGCAAGCUAACAUUUUGCAAACAACUUAAGUAUGAUACUAUUGACACAAUAUUUGCAGUCUAGAUGAUCUCAUUAAAUGUGUUACACAUUCUUGUACUUAGAGGUAUUGUAAGGCUACGUGGAACACUUCAAUCAUUUCCUUCAGAGAAGUCUUUGGAUGUUAGUGAUAUCUCAUCUCUACUGUUUUUUCCUCAACAUUCUUAGUCUUCACUGCUAUUUCAAGAGUGUUUGGCUACUUUUAAAGCUGAUUCUAGGCUUAGACUGAUAGCUCUCUUGAAUUGCUUCGUGUUCUUAGCCUUUUAUUUUGUCCCCUUUUCCAUGCGUCAAACUGAUGAGCAACUUUUUGCCACUAAUAACUUCUUCAGAAAUAAAAUAAUUUCUGCUUGCUAGUAGAUGCAAGUGCAUCUAUCAUCUGCUACUUCCUGUAUUAGUUCUUUACCCAAGAUAUCAAGAAUGGUACCUAGUGAUGUAGAUCAAGUGUUGAUUGCAAGUGUUAAGGGAUGCUAAAAUUUUAUUUGAUAGAUGGGCUUUGUGUUGCACAUAAGAACUCACUAUCCUCUCAGAAUUGUAAUAGCAUGUGUAAUAGGAUAUGAGAAAAAUCAUUAGCUGUUAACCCCAGGUUGUCUUCCAAGCAGAAAAACUAAUUAAGAUUUUACUGUUCUCACACAAUACUUAGCCCAUUUUAGACUAGCUGUGACUAGCAGCUUGCUGUUACAGUUCUUUGUGUUACUAUGUGUCACCACAUUCCCAGCUUCUUCUGAGGCCUGUUAUUCUGUGUUCCUAUGUUCCAUUUUCAAUGUAUUGUCUUUGCUCUUUUGUCCUUUGAGCAUAGCCGCUUCUCUUUGCAAGUUCUGUACACAUCACAAGUUAGGUCCCAGUCUUUCCACCAUUUUCUUUUGACUUGGUUGUGCUUUCCUGACUUACUUGGAAUUCAUGGUUUUUUUGACACCAAAUUCAUUAGUUGGAUCUUUUUCCCUGAAUUUGUUCCUAGCUGGAUUCAGACUCUACAUAGUGAAGGUUGCUCCCCUCUGAGCCAUAGUAAACCCACAACCUUUACUUCCCUUUGUCUUUCAAGUAAAAAUAGAGGGUUUAUGAGGAACCAUAUGCAAAUGUGAAGUGAUAAUCAAUGGAUGCAAAUGUUUAUCAACUUAUUCAGCAGCCAGUGUGAAUCACUGAAGUAUUUGAACACUUCGUACCUUUCAGAUUUAACUCCUUCAAAAGAAAUGUUAGGAAAGGCUAUGAAGUGUCAUAAUGCAGGUGUCAUUGUCCCAGAGUAAGGAAACUGGAAGACAUUAAUUUAAAUUCUGUGAAGUAGAAAAGCCAAGGUACUUCUUGGCAUAUCUGAACUCUGUUGAUGAUCUCUAAUGCAUGAUUUAAUGAUCACCAAUAUGUAAGUAGUUUCUCCUUUUGACUUCCUAUCAAUUAUUUCUUGUGUGGUAUGUUAUAUACUGACUUUUCAUCACACCACCAGUUUUAAAACUAUUUUUGAUUA